UGUGUCUAUGCCGCUGCUUGACGCUGCAGCGCGCGCCGAUGUCGAGGCUGUUAGGACGGCCAUUCUGUCCGGCGCGGAUGUGAACGCGUCGGACCCGAAGGAUGGACCUCUGUUGCAUGCGCAAUUGCAGGGAGAAGUUGGGAACAAAUAGAUGUCUCGGGCGCGUCGUUCAAGCUAGAGCAGCGCGUCGAGGUACUCCAGAUGUUGUUGGACCAUGAGGACAUCUCCCUUUUUACGCUGAACUCUCCUGUGCGGGGAGUUUCCCCCCUCUGCCUCGCAGCCUGGCUGGACAUACCGCAGUUGGUCCAAUUACUCUUGGAGGGUAGUCGUGGCAUGAUCCCGGUCAACGGCAUGGAUAACUUCGGGGCUACGCCGCUAAUGUAUGCUGCGAGGGACCAUAGCAUUGAGGUGGUCGAGUACCUGCUUGCCAAUGGCGCCAGACCUGAUUAUCGAGACAUCAACCACCGAUCCUCCAUUCAACAUGCUCUGAGACACCCUCAUAUCCUUUGGUCCUGUGAGCAUGCUCUGCGGCGUUAUCGAAUACAAGAGGACAUGUUCAUAAACACCAAGCACCUUACAAUUCUACCUCCACCAUUCAUUGACCGCCUCAUUUCCACGCCUGUCACGCCCAAGACAUUCUGCUUGCCGAUACACUCGUUACGAAAUUAUGCCCAGCGCACUGAGUUUCUCGUGCAGGCUGUCAUCGUUGGGGAUGUCGCCCGCCUCCACUCCAUGCUAUUUUCUCAUGCCCAGUGCCUCACCCUUGGAUCUGAUCCGACCCUCCCACAGUAUUUGGUAAACCUGCCCGACGCAACCGGAUGGUGCCCCAUCCACUACUGUGUCUCAGUGGAGCAUCCGUCAACUGAGGUACUAGAUAUCCUCUAUCGCGCUGGCGCAGAUGUCAAUCUGUACACGACAUCUGGACACGAAACCCCUCUGCACUGUCUCGCCUACAAAGCCAAGCAACCCAAGACGCACGACCAUGCAGCGUCUCUGCGUUCGUUCAUCCUCCAUCUCGUCCGCGAUCUUCAUGCACCGCUAUCGGCCAGGGAUCACAACAUGGACACUUGUCUGCACGUCGCAGCCGAGCACGGGCGAAGUAUCGAUGUUGUCAUGGCGCUACUCGCUGCAGACUCCGCCGGCACGCUUCGCGAGCUACGCAAUUCACGAGGACUAACAGCGCUCGAUGUAGCCAAGCCCGAUAUGCGCGUUGCCUUCGGAGUUGACGACGAGAACGCCCGGCCAGUCUCGUCCGCAUCUAUGCGUACCCUGAGGCCAUCCACGUCGGAGUCGGUGAAGUCAAUGCCUCCAUUGACGAUUCGAAAGACGGACUCGACGUUCCGUCACGAUAUCCCGCUCCCGGCCAACGUACCAUUGCCUGAGGCAGACUGGGUCACGCUGUCUCAUACUGUCCUCGACUGUCUGCAGUCAGCGUCAACAGGCACGUCUAACGCGAAUGCCCUCGACAUCACCGCGCGCGCCGGAAUGCUGCAGGAGAUCACGGUCAUGCGCGAUACACUCCUCGGCUCGCUCCGUAUCCGUGUUCGAGAGACCAUCGAGGAGCUUCAUGAUGCUCGCCGGGGCUUCCAACAAGCCUAUGCGUUGUACGGAGACGUCCGGAAGGCGUCCGAGCGGCUCGUAGGCGACACUGAUCAGAUUCCGAGACCCAGUCAGGACUCGGACCAUGUCAGGAGGCGGACGACAGACUCCGGCGACUCCGAGCUCACCGCUGUCUCAGAAGCAAGUUACAUCCUUGUCAACAGGAAAGCGCGAUCGAUGUCGGAUCUUAGAGCGUCGCAGGAGGCGCAUAUACACAAGAUACCCGUUCCUACGAUACCCCGACUACCCCCCACCACUCCUAGACGCAGUACUACUGUGAAAUACCACACCGAUACACCAUCUCGCACCGGCACCCCCAGCACCUCGGGACGCAACGGACGCAGCGGAUCGUGCACUAUACCGAAGGGCACGCCGAGAGUACCUACGCGCAAGCGAAGUACUACAAUCGGAGAGCCCAACCUCGCGCGGUUACCGACGUCCCCGAGCAAGGUAUCUUUGACGAACAGCACGGCGAAGGUCAAGGCAUGGUUGAUCAACAAGAUCAGGCCGGGAACCCCGCGCGCGGACGCCAUCCCGGAAGAUCGUCAACUGUCCAGUGCCUCUCAUGUCGAUCACGAUGAUGGAUCGAGUUCGGAGAGCGACGACUCCGACACCGAGUCUAACAAGAUCAGACGCGUUCUCGCCUGCCAGAAGGGUCUCACCGCGGUGCGACGAGAUCUUCAUCGUAUCGAAGGUCGUCUCGAGGCGGCGGAGCAGUUCCUCGUCAAUGCUAAUCGCGCGAUCUCGAAGGCCGAAACGAGGAUCAACAGAGUAAUAUCUACGAGAAAGGCCUCCCUUGAUUCAGACCGGCUUUCAUCUGCGCCUGAAGCUGCUGCCUCCACGUUUGUGUCGUUCCUGGACUUCCCUGUUGCGGACCCUGCUGGAGAGGGCAAUGGGAAAUCCCUCUCUCGCCCGACCUCUUCGCGCCCGCGAUCGCGUUCUGACAUAUCCGUCGUGUCUGUCGCGUCGGCGUCGUCUACGCUGGUAGAGGGCGACGACGAAGAUGUCCGCAACUUGCGCAGACUCCUCACUCGCAAAGUGGCCUCGCUGAUGGAGGGAGCGGAGGAAGAGGUCGACAAAGCUGUAGUGUGGCUGCGCAUCGUGAAGGAGGUGCUUCUCGAGCUUGGUAAACGGACCUGAUUGGCCGGACUGGAAGGAUAUUGCUUUGAUACUAGGAACUAAACCGCCGGACAUGCUGUUGUUUGUCGCCCUCGUCGCUAUACCAGAGCUGUGUUUAUAUCUGUAGCCGUAAUGUAGAUAUGUAUCGUUAUGUCCAUAGGUGCAGUGUAAUGUGGUAUGUUGUCUGUAUGUAUAUGACAGUGUAACAAAUCUAUUGUGUCACUGGCAGUAUCAGUACCUGUG